AAGUCUUUCUUGUGUAAUCUAAAAGAAAUUUCUAGUUGUUUUUCUAUUCUUGAAGUUGAGCUUACAGAUUGAGUACCAAAAGAAAUUUCUGGGUUUUUUCUUUCCAUACUUGAGAAAUUGAGCUUGAAGAUUUAGUCUUUCUUGUUUAAACCGAAAGAAAUUUCAUGGGUUUUUUCCAUUCUUGAAUAUUGAGCUUAAAGAUUCAAUCUUUCUUGUUUACCAAAAUAAAUUUCUAGGUGAUUUUCCAUUCUUGAUUAUUAAGCUUAAAGAUUGAGUCUAUAUUGUAAACCAAAAAGGAAUUUUUGGGUAUUUUUAUAUUCUUGAAGUUGAGUUUAAAGAUUGGAUCUGUCUUAUAAACCAAAAAGGAAUUUGUGGAUUUUUUUCAUUCUUGAAGUUGAGUUUAAAGAUUUAUGGGUGUUUGUUUCAUUCCUUUAUUUGAUCAAUUUUGUUUUAAGAAAGUUCACGGGUUUCAAUAUUAUAGGAUGCGUACAAGAAAUGGAAUAGAAAAGAAAAAGUAUUGUACCGGUCCAAGAUAGUAUAACGUAUAUCUGUGUCCCCAGAUUUUUGAGGUUCAAUCAUUUGUGUUUAAUUCUGCAGUGAUGCGCACUGAAAAACUUCUCAAGAAUGAUAUUUAGUAUGAGAAGCAUCGCAAUGAUGAUAACUCAAUUACCUACUGAAGUAGUACAUUUUCUAUAUUGUUUUUUGAAAGGACACUUAUUGACCUUCUAUUCCUAUCUGCCUUUUUCUUUGAUUGGGAAUUUAUUUUGUCUUAUAUUUUUUGCAAUUUCGGGCCUCUUUCUUCAUGCAGUUGUAAGGCCUAUUCUAGACUCUUCUAAAUCAUCUAAUCAAAUUCCAGCAUCCGCUUUAAGCAAUAAUGAUGUCAUGAAGGAACUUGAGAUCCAAGAUACAAUUAUUCAAAUGAAGAAACAGGCAAAACUGAUGGCUGGCUAUUGACAUAUACCAUCAAGAAAAAUAAGGAAAGAUUCAUAUUGUGAAAGAGCAUAUUUUAAAUGAGAAAGAGACAUCAAAUUAUAUGAGUGUGAAACAUAGACUUCACAUUGAGUACCAAAAUUCACUCAAUAAUUAUUUAUUCUUUCCAGGCAAAUAAAAACACAAGUCUUGCUUA